AUGGCGCUAGGAUUCGGCACCAAAGACGCGUCCGUCGCCGGCGACCGCGGCUCGACGUCGGGGAAGACCGGCAAGUUCUUCAAGAGCAUCCUCGCCAAGCACUCGAAAGACAAGAAGCCGUCGUCCGCGAGCGCCUCGAUGGCCACGAUCCGCUCCAACCUCUCCACGUCGGACGACGACCUUGAGAAGAGCGACUACACCGAGGGCUCGCGCCAUGGCCAUCAAGGCAACGGCCUCAGCUCCAUGAGCUCCAAGAAGUUUAGUCUCAUCACGUCGUUCCCGGACCACAACCCGGAGGCCGAGUGCCCUGACUUUUACGCGCCCUUGAGCCGCAGCGGCGUCCUUGUCAAACAGGCCAACCACCUCAAGAACUGGAAAAAACGCUUCAUGGUGCUGCGCGGGCAAUCGCUCUUCUACUACGUCUCGGGCGCCGCCAGCGAAGACUCGUACCCGAAAGGCCUCAUCUCGCUCGUUGGCGUCGAAGUGCAGCUUGUGGACGUUGCGCGCUUCAAGAAGCAGUUUUGCUUUGAGCUUUCCCACCCCUAUUACCGGCCGCUGUACCUCAUGGCCAAGAACGAAGCCGACCUCACGCAGUGGAUGAGCUGCAUCAAGUCGGCGUCGCUGCCGCUAAAGGACGGCAUUGUCGACGCGUCGCGCGAGCCGAAGGACGUCCUCUUUGACCUGCCGCCGCUCGAAGACGUGGUCGCGUACCAACGUGCAUUCUACUGCCGCAAGAAGAUCGCGUACUGCCUGCCGCAGUACGAGGGUCUAAGCGAGAAGGAGAAAUUCGAGCUCCGAGACAAGCAGAUCAAGGUCUUGCAAGACAUCCACAUGUACUGCGACACGUUCCCGACGCUGCUCUCGGACCCGCACUUGUACAAGGAGAUCAUCCACCUCACGUCGUCGUACCUCUUCCGGCCAUUUCCGUUUCUUCCGCCGCAGGACCCGAAUGCGAUCUUUUUUGAAGAGAAUGGCGACGCCGACCAGAUCAACGGCGGGUUCCCCGGCGAGUACAUGGGCGAGUGCACGGCCGAAGACCAGGAGUGGAGCGUCCUGAGCAUCAACUAUGACAUUCUCGUGCGCGCGAUCGAGUUUAUUGACCAGCUCGAGAAGCAAAUCCGCAAGGACUUUUACACACCGCGAUUUGUGAGCCAGCUCGUGAGCCUCUUCAAGACCCCUUCGUACAAGGAGCGCCAGAUCCUCAAGACGGUGCUCCACCGCCUCUACUACAAAUUAACCCAGCGCCGGUCGCUCAUCCGAAAGGAAAUCUCCAACGUCUUCUUCGAGUACAUUUACGAGUCGUCCAACUAUUACGGCGUCACGGAGCUUCUCGAGAUCCUUGGCAGCAUCAUCAACGGCUUUGCCUGUCCGAUCAAGGAAGAGCACGUGACGCUCCUGGAGAAGGCACUCAUCCCGCUCCACUCGACGCAAGCGUACACGUCGUACCAUCAACAGCUCAUGUAUUGCAUGAUCCAGUUUGUCUCCAAGGACCACGCGCUCAUUACGCCGAUCGUGGCCGGUCUCCUGCGGUACUGGCCCGUCGGCAACGCGUACAAGGAGAUCAUCUUCCUCGUCGUCCUCGAGGAGCUCUUCGAGUACAUGCUCGCCGAGUCGGACCUCGCGCCGCUCUCGAAGAAGGUCGCGAUCCGCUUGAGCAAGUGCAUGGGCUCGAUCCAGCAGCAGGUCGCGGAUCGCGCGCUCGCGUGCUGGAACUCGCCGGCGUGCGUCCGCGUCAUGAACACGUACGAGAAGCUCGGGCAAGAGAUGUUUGACGUCAUCAAGCCGGCGCUGACGCUGACGAUGGCGAGUCACUGGAACGUCUUGACGCAGCAAAAGGCCCGGGCAGCGUACAAGACGUACUACAACAUGGGCUACGAGACGGACGGGAACGCGCUCGAAGACGAUUCGAUCGACGACGACGACGUCAUGUAUGUCACCAGUGAAGACCCGGCGUGCGUCGAUGCCAACGGCGUUGGCGUCUUAUAG